CCCACCAAUGGCAAGAUGAGUAGGCCAUGUGGUGCAGGGUUAUGACACCAUGAAGAGUUACCAUGGGGAGCGCAGCCAGUCACGAGAACACCCCUGCCACUGCGUCCCGGAGGCCUGCGACCAGCCCAUGGAAUACAUCCACCAUAACCAGGAGUCUCGCCAGCCAUACCUCCUCAGCCCCAGCGAGCCUUGUUCCCUGGACCACUACUGCCCAUUGCGGGGCUCUGCCGAGGCCCCGCUCAGCCUAACGGAGCCCCUCUCAGCCGCCAGCAGCAGCAGCACCUUCCCUAGGAUGCACCACACGCCGCAGCAGUACGACUCCUGCGACGAGUGCAUGGCGGCCGCCCACCCUUCCGGCAAGAUCAACCGGCUGCCCCCGACCCUCCUCGACCAGUUUGAGAAGCAGCUGCCCCUGCACCACGACGGCUUCCACACCCUGCAGUACCAGCGGGCCAGCAGCACGGAGCAGCCGCGGAGCGAGAGCCCCAGCCGCAUCCGCCACCUUGUGCACUCGGUCCAGAAGCUCUUCGCCAAGUCUCACUCCCUGGAGGCCCCCUCCAAGCGCGAGUACAACGGCACCAAGAUGGAAGGCCGGGGGGGCGAGGGAGGGUACCACCACCACCACCCUCACCACCACCACCGCCAGUCGCGCCACGGCAAGCGCAGCAAGAGCAAGGACCGCAAGCUGGACUCCUCCUCCUCCUCCUCCCGCCACCGGAACAAGAUGAUGGGCUGGUGGAGCUCCGAUGACAACCUGGACAGCGACAGCAGCUACAUGGUGUCCGGGAGGCAGCACGCCAUUGACCAGGCCACCCAGUACUGUGUGGAUACCCCGGAAAGUGCCUUCAGAGACUUGACCUUGAAGAGUCUGAAGAGCGGAGGUGGGGAGGGCAAGUGCUUGGCUUGCGCAGGAAUGUCCAUGUCCCUCGAUGGCCAGACGCUCAAGCGGAGCUCCUGGCAUACCAUGACCGUCAGCCAAGCGCGGGAGGCCUACCCCAGCUCAGGAGGAGGCCCGGAGAAAGCCUUGAUGCUCCAGGAGGCCAAGGCCAAGGACCGAUCCUAUCAUUAUCUUCAGGUACCCCAAGAUGAUUGGGGAGGAUAUCCAGCAUCAGGGAAGGAUGGAGAGAUACCCUGUCGACGGAUGCGGAGUGGCAGCUAUAUCAAGGCCAUGGGAGACGAUGACAGUGGGGACUCGGAUACCAGCACCAAGGUGUCUCCCAAGGGGGUGACCCGGCGUGAGGGGUACCGCCGUUCCUCCAGUGUAGAUCAGCCCAGAACCAAGUUUGCAAGUAGGCACUAUUCUGACUCAUAUAUCUGUAACUGUCCCAGCUGCUGCACGUCACCCCGAAUCCGGCCACGGGGACAAGGGUAUGGACGUUCCUUUACCACCGGGCAGAUUAACGAUGAGUUGAACCACCAGUUUGAGGCCGUGUGUGAGUCUGUCUUUGGAGAGGUGGAGUCGCAGGCUGUCGAGGCCUUAGACCUGCCCGGUUGCUUCCGCAUGCGCAGCCAUAGCUACCUGAGAGCCAUCCAGGCCGGCUGCUCCCAGGACGAUGACUGCCUCUCUCUCUUUACCAUGGCAACCACCACCCACCAGCCUGGCCAGCCCCUCACCAGCAGCAUUCUCAAGCCAAGCACCUCCUUUAGUUACAGGAAAGCUCCCCCUCCCCUCCCUUCAGGAAUGAAAGCCAAGCCCCUCAUUUCAGUGACGACGCAAAGCAGCUCUGAGUCCGCCCAUGACAGCUUCCUGCCCAGGGAAGUCAAAAGGAGUCCAUCGUGGUCCAAAGAGGCCGCCAAGCGCUGCAACUCCACAGAGAGCCUAGAAAGCACCAAGAUCACUGCCAUGUCCCUCGACUUGCCUUCAAUCCAACACAGGACUGCUCCCAACCCCUCCACCCUCAUCAUCAGGACAAUUCCAGGGAGGGAGGAGCUGAGAAGUUUGGCUCGUCAGAAGAAAUGGCGCCCAUCUAUCGGAGUUCAGGUGGAAACCAUAUCCGAUUCAGACACAGAAAGCAGGAGCCGCAGAGAGUUCCACUCCAUCGGGGUGCAAGUAGAAGAAGAUAAAAGGCGCGCUCGGUUCAAGAGGUCCAACAGUGUGACAGCCGGCGUGCAGGCUGACCUGGAGCUGGAGGGUUUGGCUGGGCUGACGGUGGCGACGGAGGACAAGGCCCUUCAGUUUGGGCACUCCUUCCAGCGUCAUUCCUCGGAGCCGGAGUCCACGCGGCAAUACUCAGUGUACAAGACGGUGCACACGCAAGGUCAGUGGGCCUACCGGGAAGACUACCAGAUGCAGUACGACACCGUGGAAGUGCCGCGCCAGGAUUCCUGGAUGGACAGGGGGUCGCGCAGCCUGCCCGAUUCUGGCCGAGCAUCGCCCUGCCACCGGGACGGCGAGUGGUUCAUUAAGCUGUUGCAGGCGGAGGUGGAGAAGAUGGAAGGCUGGUGCCAGCAGAUGGAACUGGAGGCUGAAGAUUAUGAUCUGCCGGAAGAGAUCCUUGAGAAGAUCCGUAGUGCGGUGGGCAGUGCCCAGCUCCUGAUGUCACAGAAAGUCCAGCAGUUUUACCGACUCUGCCAGCAGAACAUGGACCCCAACGCUUUCCCCAUGCCCACUUUCCAGGACCUGGCCGGAUUCUGGGACCUCCUACAGCUCUCCAUUGAGGAUGUCAGCAUGAAGUUUGCUGAACUUCACCAGCUCAAAGCCAAUGGGUGGAAACCCAUCGAGCCCAAGGAGGAAAAGAAGGUGCCUCCGCCAAUACCAAAGAAGCCGCCGCGCUCCCGGCUGCACCCAGUGAAGGACCGGUCCCUGGACUCUGUGGACCGGCAGAGGCAGGAGGCCCGCAAGAGGCUCCUGGCGGCCAAGAGGGCUGCCUCCUUCCGCCAGAGCUCAGCCACCGAAAGUGCAGACAGCAUUGAGAUCUACAUCCCCGAGGCCCAGACCAGACUGUGA